AUGAUUCUACUAAUUUUCAACGGUUUCUUCAUUAUCGGGUCUCUGGUUAUUGGUCACUUCGCACUCUACACCACCGAUGGCGGCAAGACCUACACACCCAUGCCCGUCUCGCGCUUCAGCGCCUACUAUAACCUCGGUGAAACCCCGGCCGAGGUCGCCAUCCCCCAGAAUCUGAAGAUGGUCGCCGGCGAUGCCGAGGCCCUGACCCAGGAUGCGAUGAUCACCGAAGCCCAGUCCUCGUGGGGCUGUGAGAACGGGGAAGGCGAGAGCCUUGACGCCAACGGUUUCCCCAGCACGACCUGCGGCACUCACGUGCAUCAGCUCCUCUUCUUCCCCCAGUGUGUCAACACCGAGACCCUCGAGACCACCUACAAGGACCGACGUGGCGGCACCUGCCCGAGUGGCAUGAAAUCGAUGCCCCAACUUCGGUUCUCCAUCCGGUAUGACGUGCGUAAGGUCCUCCCCAAUGGCUGGACCGGCACCGCGCCUUUCAAGCUCUCAUGCGGCCCUGCGUGGUGCUCCCACGGCGACUUUAUCAACGGCUGGACCGAGGAGGCUGCGACGAACAUGAUUGCCACCACCGAGGAAAAGAUGAAGUUUUCUGCCGUAAGCGGCGCUCUAGGGGAUGCCGGCUCUGGUCCUACCUGCAAGGCUAAAGACGCCGACCCCUCACACGGCACCGGCGACUACGCUAAGAGCGUUGCCGUUAUGAGCAAGCGCGAUGUUGAUUCUUCGGGAUGGUCCUCCAAGUCGCGAUAUGUUCGUGCAUGA